GAUUGUGGAGCGAUCAUUGGAGAAGGAUCCUACUCCCAAGUCAGGAUUGCCAAAGAUAUCACCAAUGGGCAGAACAUUGCUCUCAAGUUGUUUAAAGCCUCCACAGAGGAAGGUAAAUAAAAACCUAAAAGAAGCAAAAUUGCUCUGCUCUUUCUCUCAUAAGAAUAUCGUCAGGUUUUUGGAAUGAGGAAUUGAUGUUGAGCUCAAGCAAGAACAUAUGAACAAAAAUGUUAGCUUCAUUGCGACCGAAUUGGCUGAAAAAGGAUCCUUAUUUGACUAUAUAAAGGCUUCCCAAGGAUUGAAUGAACGGUUAGCCAGAACUCUCUCAGUGCAAAUUGUAGAAGCAAUUGAAUUUUUGCACUCAAAAGGGAUCAGCCACCGUGAUAUUAAGCCUGAAAAUAUUUUUCUCACCCAAAAGUUUGAGUGAAAAGUAGGUGAUUUCGGGUUUGCUACCCAAAAUAUUACAGACGAUACUUACUGAGGAUCCUCUUGCUACAUGGCCCCUGAGAUCUACAAGAAGAAAAGGUACAACUGUCAAGCCACAGAUAUAUUCUCCUUGGGUGUCUUUUUUUUCUUCAUGGUUACCGGGAAAUAUCCAUUUGCUUGAGCUGAUGUGACAGAUAGUAAAUUUAAGGCAAUUUUAACAGGCAAAACUUCACUUUUCUGGAGAACAGCACUUGGGUCUAAGAAAAGACUCAGCCAACUCUCUCCAGAAUUCAUUGAACUAGUGACUUUAUGACUUUCCCCUGAUCCUGUCCACCGUCCAACAAUCUCAGAAAUCUAUACUCAUGCAUGGUUCAAGACUGCGGCUGAAGAAUAUUCAUCUUCAGAUAACGGAACCGUUUACUCAGAUGAAAUUUCAUCGGAACUUCUGAACAUCGAAUCCGAGAUUGAUGAUAUUUCUGAUACAUUUAUAUCUUUCCACUAAGCGUGCAAUGGCUUAAGACUAAAAUAAUACUUGACACGAAUCAGGGAAGUCCUUUUAUUUACUUUAAAUGAACUAAUUUCUCCUAAACUUGACCAAAAUGAGAGUUCAUUUCCAAGAGGAGUUCAAAGGUAUUCCUUUUAUCAGUGGCAACUUAAUAAGUCCCUUAAGUUCAUGGUUGGAUGGCUAUACUUGGCAUCUAGCCUAGACCUGAGGGAUACAAUAAUUUAUAAUCAAACACUUAAUUCAUU